GCAUCGCGGGUCUUGCAAUUUAGUCAGUGAACACCAGUCGAUCAAUUGACACAGAGGUGGAUAGAUAAAGUAAAAUAUAAUUUUCCGAAUCCACGUAUCUUCGCACCGUCUCUCGCAUCUAAGAAAGGCAACAAUCUCAGAAAGUGUGUUCAAAAGAAUAUAAAUGCAGCUACCGGAAUGGGCCAUCGUAAUAUACGAUCUUCUACUUUUUACGGGGAUGGCGAUUAUUUACAUAAGCGAAGCUAUUAUUUUGACGUUUAUUCCGCGACGUUAUCGCUUAAAGUCUGUGAAAGGUGAGAUCGCCCUAAUAACAGGAGGUGCGGGUGGAAUUGGACGAUUGAUUGCAAUUAAAUUGGCAAAUCUUGGAGCACACGUUGUUAUCUGGGAUAUUAAUAAAACUGGGCUUAAGGAUACAGUUCAAGAGAUUAGACGCAAUGGAGGAAAAUGUUGGGGUUACUAUUGCGACAUCACCAGUAGAGAAGAAGUUUACAGAAUGGCAAAGAUAGUGCAGAUCGAAGUUGGCUCAGUAACAUUAUUAAUAAAUAAUGCAGGUUACGUAUAUGGAAAAACGCUUUGGGAAUUACCAGAUGACGAGAUUAUACGUACUUACAAAGUGAACAUUCUAUCCCACUAUUGGAUUACCAAAGCAUUCAUGAGGGAUAUGAUGAAAAAUAAUCACGGUCAUAUUGUAACUGUAGCAAGCGUGGCAGGACUUCUAGGAACCUAUAAUUGUACUGAUUAUUCGGCGACUAAAUUUGCGGCUAUCGGUUACCAUGAGAGUCUCUUCACUGAACUUAAAGCUCACGAGUACGACGGAAUUCACACCACUUUAGUUUGCCCCUAUUUUAUAAAUACGGGUAUGUUCCACGGGGUAAAGCCAAGACUGAUGCCAAUGUUAGAACCUGAGUAUGUUGCGCAAGAAGUUGUAUCUGGAAUAUUAUUAAAUCAAGUAAUCGUUGUAUUACCUGGAUCAGUUAGAUACCUCCUGCCACUGAAAUGCUUAUUGCCAGCAAAAUUAUGCUGGGCAUUAAUGUAUCAUAUCAUACAAGGACCACAGUCUAUGAUGAUGUUCAAAGGAAAGGGGGAAAUACAAGCAUUGAAGAAUAACAAUAACGUUGCAAUAAUGCUCAAAGAAACUGUACAUUAAUAUACAGAAAUUCGGCCGUAUUUGUGUUAAGUAGAGAUUAGCAUGACAUGAAUUUCAUUCAUUAAUACCAAGUCUGAAUAUUUAUUUGUAUAUUAUUUUCGGUGACCUUCUUUAGUUUUUAAAUGUUACGUAUAUUUGUAAUAUAACGUAAAACAAGUUCACAAUAAAUCGUAAAAAUAAUGUAA